AACUAACUGAGUUGAGAUUAAAUAACGGAAACUUAGAAAAUUUAGAUGCAAGUCACAAUUUUUUAAAGAAAUUAACACGCACCCAAUUGGAGAAUCUGACGAAUUUAACAUAUGCAAAUUUCUCAUUUAAUCAAAUCAGAGAAAUAGAGGAAAAUGCAUUUAAACCUUUAAAGAAGUUGCAAUAUCUUAAUCUGAAUAAUAAUGAAUUGAAGAGAGAUGUGAUUGGCACUUGCGAUAAGCUGAAGUAUCUAUCAAUGAGCGAUAAUCUAAUUGAAAUUCUUUCUUCGAGUAACUAUCGCGGCAUGACGGCAAUGGAGCACCUCGUAAUAACCGAAAACCCAUUGCGUGAAAUUGAAAAUCGUGCUUUCGCUUAUAUGCCACGCUUACGCAUUCUAAAUAUAUCAGAAAAUAAUUUAGAACAAAUUUCGCCUAUGGUUUUCUUUGGCAUGAAACGUGUACCACUACAACAGCUUGACGUAAGCUUCAAUAAUCUGUUGAGUCUAACAUCCAACCAAUUUGAGCACAUACCAAAAUUGCAAAUCUUGAAUAUAUCCGACAAUCGCUUAAAGUCUUUGGAAACGACAACCUUCGCAGGACUAACAUCACUGCGUAAACUUUUUCUUCACAACAAUGACAUCAAAAAUAUCAAAGCAAAUACUUUCGCUAAUUUAGUGUCACUUGAUACUUUGGACCUAUCCAGAAAUAAUAUCGAAACAAUUGAGGCAGAUGCCUUUGGAGCUGUUAUGUUGCCAAGACUGCGUGAACUGCAACUAAAGACGAAUAAUUUAAAACAAUUAGAUCCAUUGACAUUUUCAUCCUUACCACAUCUGGAAUAUUUGUCUUUAGCUUACAAUGAACUUACUACCUUGAAUCUGCGUAUGUUCGCACCGAUGCGUCGUAUACAGAAAUUGCAUUUGGGACAUAACCAACUGGAAGAAAUUAAUGCAUCGGUUUUGGAAAGCUGGACAAAUUUAUCGGAAAUGCUUAUAGAUAACAAUAAAUUAACAUUUCUUCCAGAAAUAAAUGGCAUCUUUCCGAAUUUACGUAAGGUUUCAAUUGAAGGUAAUCCUUGGCAGUGUCCAUGCUAUGAUGAGUUGAUUAAAAUAUUAAAUAAAAAUAAUAUCGAAUAUGUGCGCAUGACAAGUCCAUUUUACAAAGGCGAAAAACCGUUUUGCUUUGUUACUCCUGUAGAGUACUGCGUGCAGGAUAUCAAAGCUGUGCGAGCUCAUGGCAUACCAGAAGGGUUUGAGGUGGCCUCUGAUGACUCCAGUAAUAUAAAUGACGACUAACUAAUGAAAUUUGUAAAUUUUAUAUUAAAAAUAAAGACUGAUUUUUAGG